GUCUUUUCUUUUGAAAUGUUGCUGAUGUCGAAUUAAUGGAACAUCCAAGAAGGGUCGAUUCCUAGGGUUCUCUUGCCCAUGUCUAUCCCUGGUUUAACUCUCCUUGGAUUGGCCGUGACAUACUAGGCCUGUUUGUCCGAGCCUGUUUGCUUUAGACUCCUUUGACACUUAACACACACGUAAUCUGAUCUACUGACACAGGGCGCUGAUCCCAAACUCUGUAAUGAGUACAUCUAGAACCCGAUCAAUAAUUGAGGUCAUAGUCACAGUGACACAUUGUACCUUGAAGACAAAGCCAACUUGCUCGUUAAUAUGAACAGAACACACACACACACCAAACUUUGUUAUUUCACAUCAACAGGUGCCGUCAGUGAUGUGGAAAUGCAAGAGCACUACGACGAGUUCUUUGAGGAGGUCUUCACAGAGAUGGAAGAGAAAUAUGGGGAGGUGGAGGAGAUGAAUGUGUGUGACAAUUUGGGUGACCAUCUUGUUGGCAGCGUCUACGUCAAGUUCCGCCGUGAAGAGGAUGCAGAAAAAGCAGUCAUGGACUUGAACAACCGCUGGUUUAAUGCUCAGCCCGUCCACGCCGAGCUUUCCCCAGUCACGGACUUCAGGGAAGCUUGUUGCCGCCAGUACGAAAUGGGAGAGUGCACAAGAGGGGGCUUCUGCAACUUCAUGCACCUGAAACCAAUAUCGAGAGAACUUAGACGAGAAUUAUACGGACGCCGCGGAAAAAGGCAACGUUCUCGCUCACGUUCCCGGGAAAGACGCUCCCGUUCCAAGGACCGACGACGGGACCGUGAAAGACGACGGUCGAGACACAGAGAACGCUCGGGAAGGUUUUAAGUGAAGAAAAGGCUUUUUCAUGUAACACUUCUUUCUCUAAUACUCCGACAGUGAAAAAGUAUUUUGUGUUUUGAUGAAGAGGGGUUAGUGCGUCUGCCUCACAAUACGAAGGUCCCGAGCAGUCUUGGGUUCAAUCCCGGGCUCGGGAUCUUUCUGUGUGGAGUUUGCAUGUUCUCCCCGUGACUGCGUGGGUUCCCUCCAGGUACUCCGGCUUCCUCCCACCUCCAAAGACAUGCACCUGGGGAUAGGUUGAUUGGCAACACUAAAUUGGCCCUAGUGUGUGAAUGUGAGUGUAAAUGUUGUCUGUCUAUCUGUGUUGGCCCUGUGAUGAGGUGGCGACUUGUCCAAGGUGUACCCCGCCUUCCGCCCGAUUGUAGCUGAGAUAGGCUCCAGCGCCCCCCCGCGACCCCGAAGGGAUUAAGCGGUAGAAAAUGGAUGGAUGGAUGGAUGAAUUAUGACAAUUAUUUUUGUUUUGUCCCCCUUUUUUAUGUAACGAUUAUGUCACUUUCACAAUAAAACAGAUUUUGUUACUCUG